GUGUGUGUGUGACGAGCUGGAUUUUUAUUGGAAGCUUUUAAACCGGUUGCUAUGAGACAUCCUGCAGCUAACGCAGGCACCGCAGCAAGAGAGCAAGGCUGCUAAAUCGUACCUCUUGCAUCUCUCGCUCUCUCUUCCCCUCCCCAAUGGUUUGCAUAGUUGUUUGAAAGCAAACAUCUGCCAGUUCUGUAGCCUUUCCAUUUCCCAAAAAAGACGAUGCAGCCUGAACAUGAAAUUCCCAAUCCUUCCAGCAGUUCUCCAGGAGACUCCAGGGAGUACAAGGUGGUGAUGUUGGGAUCAGGUGGAGUAGGCAAGAGUGCAAUGACAAUGCAGUUCAUAAGCCAUCGGUUUCCUGACUACCAUGAUCCCACCAUAGAGGAUGCUUAUAAAACGCAAGUGCGUAUAGAUGAUGAACCUGCUUAUUUGGACAUUCUGGACACUGCUGGACAAGCAGAAUUCACGGCCAUGAGAGACCAAUAUAUGCGAGGUGGUGAGGGCUUCGUUAUUUGCUAUUCCAUCACGGACCGACAGUCCUUUCAAGAAGCUGCGGAAUUCAAGGAGCUCAUUUAUCGCGUCCGGCAUACUUAUGAUAUCCCUUUGGUGUUAGUGGGGAACAAAAUUGAUCUCAAGGAGUUUCGGCAGGUCUCCAGAGAAGAAGGAGUGAACUUGGCUAGACAGUAUGCCUGCCCUUUCUUUGAGACCUCGGCUGCCUUGCAUUUCUACAUUGAUGAUGUUUUUCACAAGCUCGUGAGAGAAAUCCGAAAGAGGGAGAAGUCUCUGCUCCUGGCAGAUGGGAAGUUGAAGAGCAAGGAUAGUCUGUGGCAGAAGCUGAAAGGAUCUUUGAAGAAGAAAAAGGAAGUCCCUUCUUGA